AUGGCAGUCAAAGUCGCCAUUUCGGUCCUAGCCGCCGUCUGCGCUUUGGGCGCUUCCGCCCAGCAGACGUGCAAAACCACCCCUGCCGACGCUACAUGGCCGUCCGACGAGGAUUGGUCGGCGCUGAACGCAACCAUCGACGGUGUUCUCAUCAAGACUCAACCUGCCGCAUCCUCCUGCUACGCCGGGAACCCUUUUGGCUCCUCGCAGUCAUGCGAAGACGUCGAGAAGGCAUGGGGAUACUCCUACUACCACGCCUCGCUUCCCGAGUCCAUAGACUCCCCCAUUUACGCCAAUAACUCGUGUCUCCCUCCAAGUCAGUCUGGGGCAAAGGGCUGUGAGAUUGGAGGCUCGCCACAGUACAUUGUGAAUGCCACGACGGAGGAGCAGAUUGCCACUGCCAUGGGCUGGGCCAGCUCGCGGAACAUUCGUAUCGUUAUCAAGGGGACCGGGCACGAUCUCAACGGCCGAUCCUCUGGCGCCUACUCGCUAUCCAUCUGGACUCACAACUUCAAGCAACUCGAGUACCACCCCGAAUGGAGAUCCCCGAGCGACAACAGAACCGAGGCGGCACUCACCCUGGGAAGCGGUCACAACUGGGGCUCCGCCUCCCGAGGAGCAGCCGAAUUCGAUAAAGUCGUUGUCGGGGGCGUUGACGAGACGGUCGGAGUCGGCGGACACAUGCAGGGAGGCGGCCACGGUCCCCUCUCGAGCACAUACGGCCUCGCAGCAGACCAGAUCCUGCAAGUGCGCGUCGUGACGACCGACGGCCAAAUCCUCGUUGCCAACGAGGCGCAAAACCAGGACCUCCUCUGGGCUGUCCGCGGCGGAGGCGCCGGUCAGUAUGGUCUCGUCUCCGAGUACGUCAUCAAGGCGAACCCCCCGCCGGGCAACGUGGUCUCCAGCGGCAUCGAAGUGUCCGCCGUCGGCAACGACACUGCCUCCAGAGAGGCGGCUUGGAGAGGUGCCGCGGUCCUGCUCGCCAGCGUUCCUGACCUGAUGGAUGCGGCCAUCACGGGAACCGGCAUGGUCAGUGCUGGAGCUCUGCCGGCCAACUCGUCCGAGACUGUCCGCAAGGUGACCGCCUCCAUCGGCUUCUUUGCGUAUAACACGACAGAGGAGAAGAUGACUUCGCUCCUCGAGCCCGUCAGAGCCCGAAUCCUUGCUGAUGUGGGGGAAAACUCCGUCACCGUCACUCUGAGCGAGCCGUCGUCGCAGCCUGAUUUCAUGACCUUUUUCGAGAGCCUGAACACGUCGCCCAGCGCAUCCGGAGCUGGCAUGCUGACGAGUCGCCUUCUCGGACGCAAGGAACUUUUGGAUACCUCAGUGUCUGCCGUUUCUUCGUACCUCCAGCGUCUCAAUGUGCCGCAGAACCCCACGGGUACCUCCCUAAUGGUUAUCGGUCUCCAGGGCGGGCUGGGACCUCGCAACGUUCCCGAGGUGAUGCGCGGUGCCCUCAACCCGAUGUGGCGCUCGACGUACAUCCACCUGAUGAGCUACGGCGCUUCAGCAGAUCUUAGCGUAGCGCCGCAGGAGGCUCUCGAUGGUGUCGCGCAGUGGCUGGAAGAGACCAAGGAGCCUGUCUGGCGUGAGUGGGCACCAGGUGCUGGCUCGUACAUGAACGAGGGCAACGCCUUUGACUCCAUGUUCAAGGAGGACUUUUACGGUACUUCUUACGACCGUUUGGUUGAGAUUAAAAGCAGAUAUGACCCCACGGAGAGUCUGUUCGUCUUGUCGGGUGUCGGAAGCGAUGCUUGGGACUACAACCUCAACAGUGGCAAGUUGUGCAAGUCGGCCUGA